CUGCAUCUCCCCAGAGCUAACAGGGAGCCAGCAGCUCGGAGGGAGGAGACACACACUAACCCAGCCUCUGUGUGUGCUUGUGUGAUCCAGAGUGUGUGUUUGUGUUGUGUUGUGUGUGUGAGUGUGAGAGAGAGCGGGGCUGUGAGUGUGUGCCUGUCGCAGACUAGCAGGCACGACCACUGCUGCACUCUUGUUCCACCAGACUUUUCUCCUUCAACCUUGCCUUGUCACGGCGCUCAGCUGCGGCCUGCUUCCUCCUCCUCCUCCUCCAGGAUAAAGAGGGAUCACUGUGGGGGGACGGCAGCCUUCCUCUCCCUCCUUCUCUACUCUCUCACCACCUCCUAGUCGCUGACAGCUCCUGGCGGACGUGCAGCCAAGAUGAUAGCGGCUCAGCUCCUGGCCUACUACUUCACCGAGUUGAAGGAUGAUCAACUCAAGAAGAUCGAUAAGUACCUGUACUCCAUGCGUUUCUCGGAUGACACGCUGAAGGACGUCAUGAACCGGUUCCGCAGGGAGAUGGAGAACGGGCUCGGCCGUGACACGAGCACCACCGCCACCGUCAAGAUGCUGCCCACCUUCGUCAGGUCCAUCCCCGAUGGAUCAGGUAGAGUUUACAUGAAGCGUCUCAGGGAAUAA